CGACUGAAAAACUCGCCACACCUGUUACGUCAGAGCCUGGAUAUAAAGCACGGGCGUGUGUGCAGCAUUUUCUGCUUCUCCAUCGUGUGAGAGAUCUGAACUCUUGGAUUUAAAUCCCUGCCACGUUUGUCACUUCCUGCAGAUCCAUCCAACAUGUCGUUCAUUUCUUCAUUUCUUCAGCAGACGGUGUAUCUGGGUGUGGAUGACCUUGGUUGUCAGGGGACUGUGAGACCAUACCUCCAUUUUAACCCAGCUGGAGAUGCAGACCGUCUAGACAAAGCAAUCAAAACAAAGGGUGUAGAUGAGGACACCAUCAUUGAAGUUCUUGUGAAGAGGUCCAAUGAACAGAGGCAGCACAUCAAAGCUGCAUUUGAGAAGGCAACUGGCAAGCCCCUUGAUUUAGCUCUGAAGUCAGCACUGAAGGGUGAACUGGAGACUGUGGUUCUGGGUUUGCUCAGGACUCCUGCUCAGUAUGAUGCCCAGCAGCUCAAACUGGCCUUGAAGGGCUUGGGCACAGAUGAGGACACCUUGAUUGAGAUUUUGGCCUCCAGAAACAAUCAGCAGAUCAGAGACCUCAAAAUUGCCUACAAGGAGGAAUUCAAGAAGGAGCUGGAGGCGGACAUCAAGAGUGACACAAGUGGGCACUUCAGGGAUGGCCUUCUGGCUCUUUGCAAGGCUAACAGGAGUGAGGACAGGCUUGUGCAAGAGGAUCUGGCAGACAAAGAUGCCAGGGACCUCUAUGAGGCUGGAGAGAAGAGGAAGGGCACAGACUGCUCAGUGUUCAUCAACAUCCUGACCAGCAGGAGUGCCCCUCAGCUCCGAAAAGCAUUUCAAUGCUAUUCCAAGUACAGCAAAGUGGAUGUGGCCAAAGCAAUUGACCUGGAGCUGAAGGGAGACAUCGAGAGCCUUUUGGAUGCUGUUGUGAGAUGUGCUGGAAGCAGACCCGCUUACUUUGCUGACAGACUCAACCUGGCAAUGAAGGGCUCUGGCUAUAAAGCAAAGAUCCUGACCCGUAUCAUGGUGUCGCGCUCAGAGAUCGACAUGGUACAGAUCAAGCAUGAGUACAAGAAGAAAUAUGGCAAGACUCUGUACAAGGACAUCCUGGAUGACACAAAGGCUGAUUAUGAGAAGAUCCUGCUGGCGUUGUGUGGAAGCGAUGAGUAAACUGUGGUGCUAGUUUUGGUUCAUCAUGGAGAUCCCCCCCCCCCCCCCCCCACAGCAUUAAAAAAAAGGAAUGAAAAAUGUGAA